UGUUACUCGGCAUAUUUUUGACGUUUGAUGAAUGAAGAAAGAAUUCUUUACUUCGAAGUUGCAUUUGUUUAUCGUCGUGUUUAAUAGAAACUACAAGAUCAUUUUUAAUUAAUAAUGGCUCCUGUUGAGCAGGAUGUUGAAAUGAAAAACGUGGAUAGUCCAGCGGCGGCAAGCGAUGGUGAUACUAACGAAGUAAAGAAAGAUGCUGAUGUUCUAACUGUUCAAGAUUUAAGGGAACAUGUCAGACAAAUCGAUAAAGCAGUGUCAUCAAAAGAGCCCAGGUUUGCAUUGCGAGUAUUAAGAUCUCUUCCAGGUACGAGAAGAAAGUUAAACGGAAACGUACUGCGAGCAAUCAUCAAUCAGCUCUAUCCAGUUGGCGCUGAGAAAGAUACAUUGAUUUCCUUUGUUGAAAACCCACAACCUGGUGCUGUAGAGAUCGAAGCACCACGGGCUAGAAGUGCAUCUAAGCCUCCUGCACCCGAAGUUGAUGUGUACAUUCAUCUUUUGGUAUUAGUACGUUUGCUCGACACAAACAGGUUGGACGAAGCUACAGAUUGCUCUCAGCAACUCAUUUCUAAGGUUACAGCUCAAAACAGAAGAACACUUGAUCUUAUAGCAGCUAAAUGCUAUUUUUACCAUUCCCGGGUGUUUGAGCUAAAUAACAAACUAGACCUUAUUAGGGGCCUACUUCAUGCUCGCUUGCGAACCUCUACCUUACGUAACGACUAUGAAGGUCAGGCUGUUCUUAUAAAUUGCCUUUUAAGGAAUUAUCUUCAUUAUGCUUUGUAUGAUCAAGCGGAUAAGUUGGUCAGUAAAUCUGUUUUCCCAGAAAAUGCUAGCAACAAUGAGUGGGCUCGUUUUCUUUACUAUCUUGGCAGAAUAAAAGCUGCUCGCCUUGAAUACAGUGAUGCUCAUAAACAUCUUGUCCAGGCUUUAAGGAAAGCUCCUCAAACUGCUGCUGUUGGUUUCCGUCAAACUGUACAAAAACUUGCUAUUGUUGUUGAGUUGCUUCUAGGAGACAUCCCUGAAAGAGCUAUCUUUAGACAGGCACAACUAAGAAAAGCUUUGGCACCUUACUUCCAACUAACUCAAGCUGUAAGGUUGGGAAAUUUACAAAGGUUUGGAGAAGUACUGGAGAACUACGGACCUCAGUUCCGUACAGACCAUACAUUCACUUUGAUACUGAGAUUGCGACAAAAUGUUAUUAAAACUGCAAUUCGUUCUAUUGGUCUGUCUUACUCGCGCAUUUCACCCAAAGAUAUUGCACGUAAACUAGGUUUGGACUCUGCUGAAGAUGCUGAGUUUAUAGUGGCUAAAGCUAUCAGAGAUGGAGUUAUUGAGGCAACCAUUGACCCGGAAAAGGGUUAUAUGAGUAAUAAGGAAAGUUCUGACUUAUACUGCACCAGGGAGCCUCAAUUGGCAUUCCACCAGCGCAUAUCUUUCUGUCUGGAGCUACAUAACCAGAGUGUAAAGGCAAUGAGAUAUCCACCCAAAUCUUAUGGAAAGGAGUUGGAAAGUGCAGAAGAAAGAAGGGAGAGAGAGCAGCAAGAUUUGGAGCUGGCCAAGGAAAUGGCUGAAGAAGAUGAUGAUGGUUUUCCUUGAAUACUUCAAAAAUAAUUCUUUUAUGUAUUUUAUGUAGUUUUCAUUCAUAAUAAAUUGUAAUAACACUA